AUGGGCGAAUACACCCGAAUUCCGACGCGUACCGGCGACCUCCAGCCCAUGGAGGCGAUGGGCAAAGAAAAGAUGUUGGAGCUGGACCUGGGGGGCGUGACGCGAUUGGAGGGCUCCACCGUGCAGGUGUACACGAAGUACGGCCCCAUAUCGGUGACGGUGAUGGGUGACCGCAAGGCCAGCCCAUGCGUCACGUUCCACGACGUCGGCCUGAACCACCAGUCCUGCUUCCAGGGCCUGCUGGUGUGCAGCGCCUCGCGGCCUCUGCUCGUCAAGAACUUCUGCUUCUACCACAUCGACGCGCCCGGGUGCGAGGAUGGUGCGACUAAUGUGCAUCCCGAUGCCCUACCCUUGACUGUGCACAAACUUAUGGACCAGGUUGAUGCUGUAGUUGAGCAUUUCGAUCUGAAUGAGAUCCUUGGCAUGGGCGUUGGCGCUGGUGGCUAUAUUCUGGCAAUGUAUGCUGCGCAGCACCCCAAGAAAAUGGCUGGCCUGAUCUUGGUGUCGCCUCCUUGCUUGCGGCCUGGCUGGUGGGAGUGGACUUUUGGGAGCUAUGCCGUGUCCAAGCUCAACGUUGUGGGCAUGGUAGACUCGGUGAAGGAGCACCUGCUGGCAAGGCUUAUUCACAGCAGAGGUCAAGAAAGGAACCUUGCCCUGUCCUUGAAGCACGGAAUGGCCUCCCUAUCCUCCCAAGGCGUCAGCCAGUAUCUCUCAGCAAUUCUGAAGCGGCCGGACCUGUCUGAAGACGUUCAGAAUUUGAAGUGUCGGACGCUGGUACUGUGUGGGGAGGAAUCUACCUACAGUAGGGACUGCCUACAUAUCAACACCAUCAUCGACCACACACAUGCAGCUUGGGUGGAGAUACCAGAGUGCGGGAUCCUUGCAACAGAGGAGAAGCCCAACGAGUUGUUGUCGCCAAUAACACUGUUUCUUACGGCAUUGCAGCAGACUGGGUAUGGUUUUGGUUGGGAUCUCACUUGA